AUGGAGCGGCGCGCGGACUUUCAAGAUUCCCUCCAUGCCAAUGGGCAAUACACCACACCACCCCAACAGCAGCAGAGCCACGCUUUCAACCAGAAUGAGCCAGCUGCCGUUGGCACCGCAUAUCAAGGCACCGCCUACCCAUUCGCUGCAGAUUCCGACACCCGUUCGCGCGCGCAGCCCGACUCUCGUGAUAGCGCAGGUUACAUUUCAAAUGAUCUUCAAGUCAACAUCAUGAACAACCCCACAUCUGAGCGCAACGAUGCAGAUGUCUCUACGCAGGACGAUCUGAGUGACAACCAGMAACACGACUAUGAAACCAACUCCAACUACGCUCCGCAUCCACUCGACUUUCCCCUUUCGAGCAUGUCCCCUGUCCUCCCACCUCUCACACCCGGGGACUUGAURGAUUACCCUGAUACGCAGCUUGCGAGUUUCGACAACUACUUCGAUGGCCCAUCGGUCCCAGACAUUCCAGAUCGCCUUGUUAAGCAGCCUUCCUGGAACUGGGCGAUUUCCGACGUCACGCAAGCUACCAAUUGGCUUGCAGCUCAUCCACCGGGAGGCCUCUGCAGGGUCUCUCUCGAUCACGACGAUGAUGAUGUGGAAGUUGUCUCUGCUUUGGUAUCGUCUCAUGCGCUCUCUCUUCUCGAGGCAAUCUUCAAGGGUGCGCCACCAGCCAAUCGUAAGUGGGACGAGGGGAAGAUCGCCUACUACCAUAAUUACCAGCGGAACGGCGUGAUUGCCGUGAAGGAGCUCACUAGUACCGCCCAUGGCUGUGCAAGUGCACAAAGCCAGUGCAUUCUUGCGAUUGAGGAGAUCGUUGAGCUUCACCGAAACGGCUCUGCGUCAAGCUCCAAGACGGCCAAAUUCGACGCCUCUCUGAAGGCCUCUGAGCGAGUGGAACAGGCGAUCAAAUGCAUGGAUAUCAAGCAUCUCGCCAAGGCGGUCAUCGAAGGUUCGCCAAAAAUUUUGCGCGACCUGGCGMACGACCCGAAGGGUCUUUACAAAGCUCGACUGGACGCCGCUCAGGGCAAUGGUAGGAAACAGGAGUGUACGGCGGCUGGCAGAAAAGUCAAGGAAGGCACCUUUCAAGGCAGGAAAUCACGAAAGGCGACUCCGGAUUCCGCUGCGACAUCGUUGGCUGGCUCGCAGGACAGCGUGAGCGGCCACGCGGCGAAUACGAGCUACAUGGCUCCGACGAAGAAGCGCAGCCACGAGGCCACAGAGACGAAUGCGCCACUUUAUCGAUCUUCGAAGCGCACGCAAGUUCCAUCGAACCUCGUCUUAGAACAACGCACUGAUGAGCCCGCCCAGGAGAGCGAAGACUCUCAGUCCACCCCGAACCACUACAGCUAUUCGACUAUCCCCCCAGGAGCUUCGCUUUCCACCAACUACGGUUCAAGCUUGGACUUCUCUUUGACUCCGUAUCAGCAUCACGCGACGACUCAAGGAGGAGCGCAGGUCGAUGGAAGCGGUACGGCUGCACUUUCAGCGUUCGAUACGUUUGCUCGGGAGUAUCGUGCCCAAAUGAAUCAUACUUCGUACAACGGACCGCGAGGGUCAGUCGUCGAAGAAUCAGGAUACCCUCUCACUGAUCUCGAUACUGCUUCACCCUUUCAACCUGGCUCGUUCUUCUACGACGAUCCGUUCUCUCGGGACUACGGCGGGUCGCAGGAUGGUGGAGGUCUGUGA